GCAAUUUUCUCUGAAUGGAGUCUUUCCACCCUUACCGACACCUUUUGAUCAGAACGAAAAUGUAGAUUUUGAUGCGUUACGAAAAAACCUGUCACUAUGGGAAAAAAUCCCAUUCAAAGGUUACAUGGUCGGAGGCUCAAACAGUGAGCUUCCAUUCGUGAGCCCUGCCGAGAGAUUGUCGAUAGUUAAAGAAGCGCGGAAAGUUAUCUCAGAUGACAAGCUUCUCAUUGGAGGCUCCACAUGUGAAUCAACAAAGGCUACUUGUGAGCUGAGUGAGGCCAUGGCAAAAGAGGGCGCAGAUGGAGUCCUAGUUUUGUUGCCAUUCUACUUUAAAUCCAGAAUGAAUGAAGUUGCAAUCUUAGAUCAUUACACAACAGUGGCAGACAAGAGUCCUGUACCAGUGGUUAUCUACAACAUGCCAAUCGUGACAGGAAUAGAUAUCCCGAUCUCCGUUUUGACUAAACUAUCAUCACAUCCCAAUAUCUUGGGGGUGAAAGAUGGUGAUGUUGUGAAACUUGCUGGAAUAAAGCUGGCGACAGAGGGCCAAAAAUUUGAAAUUCUUGCAGGUUCUGCAGGGUAUUUACUUCCAGGGAUUUUAGCAGGAUGUGUUGGAGGAAUAAACGGCCUUGCGGUUGUUUUCGGGGAAGCUGUUUGCCAACUACACCAACUGGCUAUGUCUAGACAGUAUGAAAAAGCAAUAGAAUUGCAGAUGAAGCUAAUUCAACCGGACUUGAUGUUAAUGCGGGAAUAUGGAGUUCCUGGAUUAAAAGCAGCUAUGGAUAUUCUAGGAUAUUACGGAGGACCCCCAAGAAAACCUCUACAACCCAUAAAAGAGGCUGACCAUGGAAGAAUAAGGGAAUGUCUCAUAAAGUCAGGAUUCUUCAAAUUAUAGAGCAAAAAUGGAAAAUCGCCAAGUUACAGCUCAAGAAAAUUUAGAGCAGAGUGUUCUUCCUUUUUUUGGCCCUCAUAUCUACAUCAAGAGGAAAAAAUUGUUUGAGCUGUGGUCCAACAUUCAAUCCACAAUAUUCUUGGUAGCUACUUGCUUUCCACCCGGUUCAUUACAUUUAUGAUGGACAUUCUAAUAUUUGAUACCACUCUAACUUUGUUGCUAUGGGCUGAAGGGUGUGACAUGAAUACAUGAGCUCCUACAUGAAUAUGGGAAUAUUUUAUCUGAUAAAAGAUCAGCCAAGAAUGAAAUCAUUUGAGUUCCCCACUGGUAUUGAAAGUACGACACAACUGAGCAAGAAAGAAAAUGAGCUUAGCUGCAAAAAAAGGUGAAUUAACUUGUUUGACCUUUAAAACGAUUUUCAGGUGAUAUGAUGAAUGAGUAUUGAAUUAGUCCCUCAAGUUGUUGACACUGACUGGAUAGAUUGUUAGGUUACUAGCCUGUCAGCUACUGAGGUACAUUAAGGUCAGAUGAUUAUACUUGCUGUAAAUAUCUUUAAGAAUAAAAGUUUGUCCAUUCAGUAAAGUA